UGAGCGAGACACAUCGAAGAUAGGAGAUACACUUCUAUUGAGGUAGCCUGACGAAUCAAGUAGAGCUCUCGUGCUUUGCGUGACAUUUCGAACAAGUUGGAAAAAACAUCAAAGGUUUCUAAAGGAUAGAACAGCCCUCUCAGCCCAUUCCUGUAGCCGCAGAACCAUGUGCCAGUGAUGACUAGCUGUUGUAUCCCAGCGGCCCACCUUGGCAGUUAGAGGAGAGGCUCCGCUACAUCACCAUGAUGGCAGCGUUGCCGCGGUACGCCACCCCCAUGUCUGUGCCUGGCCUGUUGCUCCUCUACCUGCUCCUGCUGCCCCUCCCCAUCGUGCUGUCCCAGAAACCCCUGCUCCCCUCCCCGCCCGCCCCCCAGUACCUGUCCCGGCUGGAGUGCACCCAGAGAGAGCACCCUGUGGUCACCUUCCAAGCCCUGAGUCCUUGGGUCUCUAUUUUCUCCCACCCGGGCGUGAGAGACUACUCCCAACUGACCCUUGACCUGACCAGGAAUGAGCUGAUAGUGGGUGCAAGAAACUUCCUCUUCAGAUUGAGUCUCAACAAUGUGUCUCUCAUCCAGGCAACGGAAUGGAUUCCAGACGAUGACACCAGGAGGUCCUGUCAGAGCAAAGGGAAGACAGAGGUGGAGUGUCAGAACUACCUCCGCGUCCUGCUGGUCAAUAAGACUGAGGUCAUCACCUGUGGAACCAAUGCCUUCCAGCCUCUCUGUAUCACCCGGGAGGUGGGGAACAUGUCCAGCGUGUUGGAUCGUGUGAACGGCGUGGCACGGUGCCCAUAUGACCCUCGCCAUAACUCCACGGCGGUGGUGACGGAGAGUGGGGAGCUGUUCGCCGCCACUGUCAUAGACUUCUCGGGUCGCGACCCCGUCAUCUAUCGGAGCCUAGGAGGCAUGCCACCCCUCCGGACGGCCCAGUACAACUCCAAGUGGCUCAACGAGCCCCAUUUCAUCUCGGCGUACGAUGUGGGUCUCUUCACCUUUUUCUUUCUGCGUGAGAACGCUGUGGAACACGACUGUGGGAAGACCGUCUACUCCCGGGUGGCCCGGGUCUGUAAGAACGACAUCGGGGGACGGUUCCUACUGGAGGACACCUGGACCACCUUCAUGAAGGCCAGGCUGAACUGCUCGCGCUCAGGAGAGAUCACCUUCUACUAUAACGAGCUGCAGAGCACCUUUUAUCUGCCGGAACAAGAUCUCAUCUACGGGAUAUUCACCACCAACGUGAACAGUAUAGCAGCAUCUGCAGUGUGUGCAUUUAACCUUAGCUCCAUCACCCAGGCCUUCAACGGGCCCUUCCGUUCCCAGGAGAACCCCCGCUCUACCUGGCUGCCCACCCCCAACCCCAUCCCCAACUUCCAGUGUGGGACCAUAGAUGACGACGGCGGUCCUAACGAUGGUCUGACGGAGCGCAGCCUCCAGGACGCCCAGCGGCUGUACCUGAUGAACGACGUGGUGCAGCCCGUCUCUGUGGACCCCUUGGUCAUGCAGGACGAUGUGCGCUUCUCCAGGCUGGUAGUGGACAUCGUACAGGGUCACGACACCCUCUACCACGUCAUGUACAUCGGCACAGAGUACGGCACCAUCCUGAAGGUCCUGGCCACCACCAAUAAGAGCCUUCAGGGGUGUUACCUGGAGGAGAUCCAGCUCCUUCCCCCUGGGGUGCGGGAGCCAAUCCUGAGCCUGCAGAUCCUUCACAGUGAUAGGUCACUGUUCGUAGGACUCAACAACAGAGUUCUGAAGAUUCCAUUGGAGAGAUGCUCCAACUACAAGACUGAGACGCUAUGCUUGGAGGCGCGGGACCCCUACUGUGGCUGGGACAGGAAACAGAGACGCUGCACCACUCUAGAGGACAGCUCCAACAUGAGCCAGUGGAGUCAGAAUAUCACUGUGUGUCCGCUAAGGAACCAGACCACCAAUGGCGGCUUUGGACUCUGGGCGGCGUGGCAACCAUGCAGCAAUGACGAUGGCGACGGCACCAGCGCCUGUCUGUGUCGCUCCAGGGCGUGUGACAAUCCCUCCGCUCGCUGUGGUGGGAGGAACUGUGAGGGGCCCACCAUCGAAGUCUCGAACUGCUCCAGAAACGGAGGAUGGACACCAUGGUCGUCAUGGGGACAAUGCAGCACCACCUGUGGAACAGGGUUUGAGAUGCGCCAGCGCUCCUGCAACAACCCGUCGCCCCGACAUGGGGGACGUGUGUGUGUGGGCCCGGUCAGGGACGAGAGGUUCUGUAACGAGGGUGUGUCGUGUCCCCAGCCUAUCUUUUGGUCCCUGUGGGGUGCCUGGGCUAAGUGCAGUGCAGAGUGUGGAGGAGGGGUCCACUCCAGGGUCAGGAGCUGUGAGAACGGGAACAGCUGCCCAGGUUGCGCACUGGAGUACAAGGCGUGUAACCUGGAGGCGUGUCCAGAGGUGAAGAGGAACACCCCCUGGACCCCAUGGAUGCCUGUCAACGUGACGCAGGGCGGAGCCCGCCAAGAGCAGAGGAUGCGCUAUAUGUGCCGCGCACAGCUGGCAGACCCCCACGAGCUGCAGAUUGGACGACGCAAAGUAGAGACCCGCUUCUGCCCCAACGACGGCACGGCCACCUGCGAGACCGACACUCUAGUGGAGGACCUCCUGAGGACCCCUGUGGUACGAGUGGCGGGCUCCGGCUGGUCGUCAUGGGAGACGUGGUCCGCCUGCUCCCAAGACUGUGCCAAGGGGUACCGUACCCGCAAGCGCACCUGUACCACCCCAGAGGGCAAGGUUGCCCCCCCAGCCUGCAGGGGUUCGCCAGUAGAGUACCAGGACUGCAACUCUCAGGCCUGUCCAGUGAGUGGAGCCUGGUCCUGUUGGUCGUCCUGGUCUCAGUGUUCGGUACCCUGUGGUGGAGGGCACUAUCAGCGUACCCGAUCCUGUAACAACCCCAGCGCUGACAACGGAGGCGAUAUCUGUAUCGGCCUACACACUGAGGAAGCGCUGUGCAACACACACACCUGUGACGACUGGCGUGGGGAGAUCAGAGAGCACAUGGAGCAGCUUCAGCAGCCUGUGACUGAGAGGCUGACUGAUAGGAGAGGCGGCUGGAUGGCCUGGUCUCUGUGGUCAGCAUGCGAUGACGUAGGGCUUCAGGUACGCAGCCGGGUCUGUGGGGCUCAAGGAUCUGCCCCCUGUGUGGGAAACAACACUGAGCACAGGGACUGCAAUGAGAUUCCAGUGAUUCUCCCUGCGUCUGGCUUUGAUAAGGACCAGCAAUGCGGAGUAUUCACCUCUCUGCACCUGAUAGCCACAGGCGUGUCCUGUUUCCUGGGGGCGGGCCUUCUGUCCUUCCUGGUCUAUGUGUACUGCCAGCGCUUCCACAAGCCCUCGCAGGAGUCUGCCAUCAUACACCCAACCACGCCCAACCACCUCAACUACAAGGGCAACACCACACCAAAGAACGAGAAGUACACACCCAUGGAGUUCAAGACCCUGAACAAGAACAACCUGCUCCCAGACGAGAGGUCUAACUUCUACCCAACGCCCCUGCCGCAAACUAACGUUUACACCACCACCUACUACCCCACAGCGCUGGGCAAAUACGACUACAACAGGCCUGACUCCUCCCCUUCCCCCUGCAGAACCUAUAACCACAGCUGAGGCACGCCCCCCAUGGCCCCCGGCCCCACCCACCUACCCUGACUGAACUAAACUCCAACCCCAUCGCCAUGGUGACAGAUGACAUGGUGACUGAACACAACCUAAGACCUGGAUCUCAUUUUUGCUCCCUUUUCCUUUAUCCCAUGGUAUCGCCCAAAUGGUGGGGUGUGUGUGUGUGUAAGGGUAUACCUGGAACAUACCAUCAGCACUCUGUAGGGGUGGAUACAGUAUGGAUGCUGAUGCCUCCCCUAGACUCACUAAGUAGAGCCAGGAACCUGAUCAUGGUACUGGACAUCACAGUGUCAACGUAGUGCUUCGGUGGAGAGCUGAAUGAUGAACUGCAUAAGACACUAUAAGCUACAGUAGGGAGUUGGAUAACUACUUAUCCCUGUGGAACUUUACAACCUGAGCGCCUUACUGUAGGUGUUGCUAUUCAGAGAGGCUAGAGGUGGCCUUAAGAGAUACUCAAAAUGGCCGCAUCUUCUCCUCCCUGGUCUGUCUGGUCACCUCUAUGAAUGAGUCUCUAUGACACUAACAUACCCUCUGUCUGCAGCAUGUAUCCCCAUUAUAAACACAUCAUUCCCCGAACAACAAAAGCAGUUACACAGAACAACCCAACCAGCGCAUAUCAUUGUGUCUGUGGUUGCGAAUGAUGUGGGAACAAAAAAAAACGACUCUUGUGCUUGGAGGCGGGUGGAUGGAUGCACUCAGCUCACCUCACCUCAUCACAUGACACGAGGAGGACAAGAACCUGGGACUUCAGCUCUGUCAUGUUUUUGGGUGGUACUAGGGGACCAGGGGAACAGAGGCACAUCCAUGGAUGGCUGCGUGUGAUUGGUUAUGGAAAAACACUACCUACAUUGGACCACACAGAUACAGAUAUACUCACUGCUGGAGAGACUCUAGUCUCAAUCUGCUUAUGUCCAAACAAGGCCCCACACCUCAGGCUGCUUGGCUGUGUUAUGUAAUGUAUAUGUAGGCUUCCCACGGAACGAUCUGAACAUGGGAUAGAAAGCAGAGGUGUCUGACAGAGAUAGAGUUGGAAUCAGUUGAUGGGAUACAGUUGGAAUCAGUUGAUGGGAUACAGUUGGAAUCAGUUGAUGGGAUACAGUUGGAAUCAGUUGAUGGGAUACAGUUGGAAUCAGUUGAUGGGAUACAGUUGGAAUCAGUUGAUGGGAUACAGUUGGAAUCAACUGAUGGGAUACAGUUGGAAUCAUUUGAUGGGAUACAGUUGGAAUCAGUUGAUGGGAUACAGUUGGAUUCAAUUGAUGGGAUACAGUUGUAAUCAGUUGAUGGUAUACAGUUGUAAUCAGUUGAUGGGAUACAGUUGUAAUCAGUUGAUGGGAUACAGUUUGAAUCUGUUGAUGGGAUACAGUUGGAAUCAGUUGAUGGGAUAGAGUUAAUACAGCUUUGGGAUACCUCGGGUGCCUGUCUGUGGGGAUCAUGUGGGGUCAGAUUUGACUUUUUUUUUAUGAUUCUAUAAAGACUUCUAGAAGGGAAUUCCCUUGAUUCUAGAAUGGAAUGGAUGCAUUCUACUGAGUACUGUACCUACCUACUACCGCUCAGUGUGCAAAGCUGGACUGCAACUGCAUUUUGUAUGAUAUCAUACAAGCUAGGAUAAUAAGCUAGUAGUGUGGCACUUUGUUUUAGUUGUUUUUUAUGAGGGAGGUUAUUUGUUUGAUGCUAGAGAGAGAGAGCAGUAGGAUAGGAGGAAACAUUUUAUUUCACAAAUAAGCGAUAGCUGAUUCACUUUCUCAUCAGUUUCACAUCACAAAAUACAUUAUUGUUUUAUUUUUCAAAGCAGCUUAGAAGCCAGUACAUGUCUGACAUAUUUUACAAAUAAGAAAGGAAAAAUUAAACACAGAUUUAUGUAGAAGCAAAUAUUCACUGUGUUUUUUACUAAGUCUGACUGUAGCAAAUAUUAAUGGGUCCCUCUCUUAACAAUGCUAAAUCAAGCUUAGAAAUACGGUACUUUGGUAUGAGAUUAAUGUUUUGCUUGUGUGUAUGUCUGCUUGCUUCGUAUGUUUAUGCCUGUGAGCUUGAAUGAGGAGAGGAACAGACAACUCUGUAUGUAUUUUGUACAAUGUAAAUGUAAUGCUUUAUUACAUAUGACUGUAUAUGACGGGAUCUGUAAAGGGGUAUGUGCAUUUUUUUCACACAUUAUGAGGAUGGCACUCCUGAUGUUCCACUGGGUUUCUAUAUGUUCCAUGUAUAAGAUGUUAAUCAUUGUAAGUUAAUGAGAGCUGCUUGGAUCAUAAAGGAAUUUGAGAAACACAACUGAGCUAUAUUUUAUUAUUAUGCCUGAUGUUAUGCUAAUUCAGCAGCAAUGCUUUCUGUUCUGCUCAUAGAAAUAGAAUGAUUAUAUUCUAUCAUUCUAAUUCUAUAGUUCCGCUAUAUGCACGAGAGCUCUAUCUGUACAUGAGAGACAGCCUUCGAUCUGCAGACCAUUAAUGACAUCUAAAGGUUAGUGUAAUGUAAAUGUAUAUUAUUGUAUAGCUAACACUGUUUUUUUUUUUUUUUUUUUAGCCUUAUAGUUGUAAGAAAGUGCAGCAGCUAUGUACACACCAACCAUGGGGUUUGUAAGGGGAUAGAGCUUGUCAAUGUGACUGGUUGACUACGGCCUGGACAUCUUUUCCAGGGAUGUGUUCAUUCCACAGAUUCUGUUGCAAAAUGUUUCUUAAAUGGAAGCAAACGGAACAAAACGAGGAGGGACGUACCUGAAUUUGUCCAAUAAAAACGAUUGUUUUGCUCUGUUUGCUUCCGUUUGGUUCUUAAACGGUAAACUGUUUCCGUAAUGUAUACACAACAGCUGUUUUGUUACUUUGUACAGAUGUACAGUUUGGCUACAUCCUUUGUAGUAUCUUAGAGUAACAAAGCUAGCCUGUCGUUUUAGAGGCACUCGUGCCAAUUUAAUACAAAAUCAAUGUCACCACCACCACAAUAAAACAUUAAAAAAACGUAAAAUGCCUGCCUAAAUAAAACAUUUAAAACAAGAACGUGAUACAGCAAAUGUACAGCGAAGAGUCAUGUACAGUAUUAUCAUAGUCCAUUAGCUAGCUCAAAUUAGAUGAAUGUAAUUCUGCUGUUUAGAGGACUUACAGUAACCCACAUGCCUGACUGACGUUUCUUGGGUUUGUGAUUGGUUCCCCCUAAAUGGUGACUCCUUCUGAUUUGCUUCCUCUGGUCCUGUAGUCAUUUUUGAUUGGACAAGCUGGAUGUCACAUUGUGGAGCUCUGUCCCCUGAUUGGCUUGGUGCCCUUCUAUGCAACUGACCUGGUGGUACUGUUAGAUAUGUGACGUAGACUGUAAUCACUGCCUUUUAGACACUGUGAAUUUUUUGGUACUCUAUAUUUUUGUAUAUUGUACAUUAUAAAGGAUAAUAAACCUUGAUGCCAA